AUGUGUAAGGCAAGGGAGGAGAAGAAGGCAAGGGAGGAGAAGAAGGCAAGGGAGGAGAAGAAGGCAAGGGAGGAGAAGAAGGCAAGGGAGGAGAAGAAGGCAAGGGAGGAGAAGAAGGCAAGGGAGAAGAAGAAGGCAAGGGAGAAGAAGAAGGCAAGGGAGAAGAAGAAGGCAAGGGAGAAGAAGAAGGCAAGGGAGAAGAAGAAGGCAAGGGAGAAGAAGAAGGCAAGGGAGAAGAAGAAGGCAAGGGAGAAGAAGAAGGCAAGGGAGAAGAAGAAGGCAAGGGAGAAGAAGAAGGCAAGGGAGAAGAAGAAGGCAAGGGAGAAGAAGAAGGCAAGGGAGAAGAAGAAGGCAAGGGAGAAGAAGAAGGCAAGGGAGAAGAAGAAGGCAAGGGAGAAGAAGAAGGCAAGGGAGAAGAAGAAGGCAAGGGAGAAGAAGGAGGCAAGGGAGAAGAAGGAGGCAAGGGAGAAGAAGAAGGCAAGGGAGAAGAAGAAGGCAAGGGAGAAGAAGAAGGCAAGGGAGAAGAAGAAGGCAAGGGAGAAGAAGAAGGCAAGGGAGAAGAAGAAGGCAAGGGAGAAGAAGAAGGCAAGCGAGAAGAAGAAGGCAAGGGAGAAGAAGAAGGCAAGGGAGAAGAAGAAGGCAAGGGAGAAGAAGAAGGCAAGGGAGAAGAAGAAGGCAAGGGAGAAGAAGAAGGCAAGGGAGAAGAAGAAGGCAAGGGAGAAGAAGAAGGCAAGGGAGAAGAAGAAGGCAAGGGAGAAGAAGAAGGCAAGGGAGAAGAAGAAGGCAAGGGAGAAGAAGAAGGCAAGGGAGAAGAAGAAGGCAAGGGAGAAGAAGAAGGCAAGGGAGAAGAAGAAGGCAAGGGAGAAGAAGAAGGCAAGGGAGAAGAAGAAGGCAAGGGAGAAGAAGAAGGCAAGGGAGAAGAAGAAGGCAAGGGAGAAGAAGAAGGCAAGGGAGAAGAAGAAGGCAAGGGAGAAGAAGAAGGCAAGGGAGAAGAAGAAGGCAAGGGAGAAGAAGGCAAGGGAGAAGAAGGCAAGGGAGAAGAAGGCAAGGGAGAAGAAGGCAAGGGAGAAGAAGGCAAGGGAGAAGAAGGCAAGGGAGAGAGUAAGG